AUGCCGUUUGAUCAGGUGUCCGUCCUGGAGGUAGACGGCCAGAUGAUCGCUCAAGAAUACGCCAUCUCUAAAUUCCUGGCCAGGCAAUUCGGUUUCUGCAGUAAGGACAACAUGGAGCAUGCCAGGGAAGACAUGUAUGUCUUCUUGUCGGAGGACCUCUGUGGCGAAGUAGAGCCUUUGUUUUUCGAGAAGGACAAGGACAAGCUGGCAGUGAUGAUGAAAAAGUUUGUGGAACAGACUGGCCCCAACAUACUGUCCAGACUGGAGACCGCCUUAGGUAACUGUACAUCUGGUUACCUGCUUGGUGACAAGAUAUCCUGGGCUGACAUGGCUGUGUUUUCGAAUGUAGGGGCGAUGGAGUACAUUAUACCAAAUGAGUCUGUGACACUGCUGAAGGCUUACCCUAAACUCACGAAGCACCUAGACUUGGUCCGGUCUCACCCAAACAUCAGCGCUUACCUCAAGAAACGACCCACCCCCUAG